CUUUUUGAUAAUAAAAUCAGGUUUUUGUGAUCAUUAGCUGCUCAUCUUUUCUAUCGUUGUGUGAGGGAAUUUCCCUGCUUUUCAUUUUACCAACAUUCUUCUUUCUUUCAAUUCAAUGUUCUGUGUUUGAAAAGUAAAAGUUCUUUAAUUUGUUUUAUGUUCAUUGUGUGUGAAAAUGCAACUACGAGCUUAUGAUGACUUCUUUGACUACCCCACUGAGGGGAAAGAAUUUGUUCAUCAUCCAAUUGGUAACCUUUCUGCGUCAGUGUAUGAUGGUGUCGUGGCGAUCCUCAAUUCCACGAAUAAGUGGAGGAGUUUAUUGAAAUUGAUGGUAACGUCGGAAAUUGAUCAACUUCAGGGGAUGAGCCCCUUUAGGCCGGGAAACAUCACAGGUGGGGAGUACUUGAUGAGGAAACUCAAGGAGGAAGCGAAUGCCACCGUAACGGAUCUCUUAAUCAAUUUGGACAGAGUUAAAUGCCGAAGAGCAAUGGUGCCAUUGCGGGAGUAUGUGGAUGAAAAGUAUCACGUUCUUCUGGAUAUUUCAAUGGAAAACUUCAGACAGUUCCUCGAUAAGAUUUCACUGCAUCUGGAAUAUGACUACAGGAAGAAUUAUUUACCAACUGGCCUCUCGGAAAGAGGAGCCAUUCGUCCUGUAGAUACUGCUAACUACAAUAAAUGUAUGGAUCCCGAUUACUUCGUACCGUACCAAACAAUUAAGAACAUGACGCAAAGAUUCAGGCCAUCUCUCAUUAUCCACUCAGGGAUAUUCAGUACAAUCUACAGCACUGAGGUGGAGGAUCAAACGGUGUGUGUGGAGCACGUUCAGCUGUGUCAGAUGGAUUUUUUUGAAUUUAACUCCCACCAGUUUCAUAUGGUGCUCAAAGACAUCAAAUACAUGCAGCAGCUUUGUGAUCAUGAAAAUAUCUUGGAGUUGUGGGGGUACAGCUUCCACCCGGAUGACAUGUCCAUCUUCUACACAUACCCAUUGCUACAUAAUCUGGAUCAGUACAUCUACCUCCUGGAUCCAAUUGACACUCCACUACCCUUUGACCAGAGAUUCCUCAUUUGUCGCGGAAUUGCAUCUGGGCUUGCCUACCUGCACACCCAUGCGGAUUUUCCUCUCAUCCACACACGUAUUUGUCCCGAAAAUAUCUACCUGGAUGAGCAGCAACUACCAAAAAUUGGGAACUUCUCAUUUGCCCGGGAGGGGCCCCUGGCACGCGAUCCCCCGAUGGCCACUGAUGAACUCUACGAAAUCUCCGGAUUCUUUCCAAUUGAAUACAACGCCUGGCCACACUGCCUCUCCACAAAGGUCGACGUAUACAGCUACGGGGUGACACUGCUGCAGCUCCUGACCUGCCGUGUAAUGGGUGAUACAGAUGGUAGAAACAUCCGGAACUACGUGCACAACCUCGUCAAUCGCAAUCGAUCCCUGGAUCAUGUCAUCGAUACCAACGACCAGCCUCAUCCCACGGCCAGAACUACGUGUAUUCGCAUCAUCUACAUUGCCUACCUCUGUACAAAGCACAACUACAUCGUAAGGCCAGAGAUGAAGAAUGUUCUCAAGCGACUUCAGGACAUUUUUUAAAAUCUUUUUUUUUGCUUUUAAUUUUAGUGUUUAAUUUUAAAGAGAAAAAAAAUUGUAAAAUAUGCAUUAAAAAAGCUUUAAAUUUAACAA